AUGCAUCUGCGCCUCCAAGACUUCAAGAGUGUAAGUGCAUACAAUUCAGCACUUUUUCAAAUUGUCUCUCGUUUAAAACUAUGCGGUGAAACAGUUACUGAUGCUGAUCUUUUGGAGAAGACUUACUCCACCUUUCAUGCUUCAAACAUUUUGCUUCGACAACAAUAUCGUGAAAGGAAGUUUAAGAAAUAUUCAGAGCUUAUCUCUUGCCUUAUAGUAGCUGAGCAGAAUAAUGAGUUAUUACUCAAGAACCAUCAAAGUCACCCAGCAGGUCCUAAAAAUCCCAACUUCAAGAAGAAGGCUGGUAAUAAUUCCCAUUAUCAGAAGGGGAAGAAGAACGUGUUUCCAAAACACAAAGGCAAAAUAUCGCAAAGUCAUUCAAAGCACCAUGAAAGUGUUUGUCACCGUUGUGGUUCACCAGGGCACUGGGCAAAUGUUUGUCGUACUGCAAGGCACCUUAUUGACCUUUAUCAGGCGUCUAUUAAAGGAAAGGAAAAGAAGGCUGAAACCAAUUUUGCCCAAUAUGACAUACCAAUGGAUAUUGCCCAUCUUGAUAUUUCUGACUUCAAGAAUGAUGGAAAUGAGAUUGAAGACAUGGAUUCCUUCCUUAAGGAUGUCUGA